GUCUUGUUCCACUAGGAUUAUGCGGGAAGUGAGUGAUUGACAAUGCAGAUGUUCUGUCCAUAAACUUCAUCUGGUAUGCAUACGUCGUGGAUUUCAGCGAAUCUGACUGGAAUUUGUUAGUUUCUUUAUCAUCUACAGCUGUCAGGCAUGCGGAGUAUCUUCUCCGGUCUGUCCAUUAUCCACAUCUCCUUCUCCACAUCAGAGCAAUUCGUUUCUAAAUAGCCAGGGAUAGGCUACAGUAUUUUUUCCCACUUCAUUAUUCAAGAGGGUAGAGAGAUAAGAUGGCCACCCCCUUUGUCCCCGUGCCUGUCCCCAUGGAACGGACCCCGUCCUGGCCCAAGAGGACCUCCCCCCUGGGAAUUCUCUCUAGUGCUGGCUUUUCCUCUCCUGGAAAGACCCCUUGGGUGAAGGCCACUGGGUCCUGGGGGGCCACAGUAGCCUGUCCGAUCCUCCCCCAGGCGUGUUCCAGCCCCGAGGGGUACAGGACAUCCAGAGGAGGGGAGCAGGGGUCGGUCCAGGAGGAUGGGACUCCAGGGGACAGUUGGGAGAGGCCCCUCACCCCGACCCUGCUGGGCUAUGAGGUCAUGGAGGAGAGGGCAAAGUUCACGGUGUAUAAAAUAUUGGUGAGAAGGAAUCAGGAAGAGAACUGGGUGAUCUUCAGAAGGUACACAGACUUCUCCAGACUCAAUGAUAAGCUAAAUGAGUUCUUUCCCAGGUUCAGACUAGCCCUGCCACCCAAGCGCUGGUUCAAAGAUAACUACGACAUGGAGUUUCUGGAGGAGAGACAGUUAGGCCUACAAGCCUUCCUACAGAACCUCAUAGCACACCGGGACAUCACCAACAGUGAAGCGGUCAGACAGUUCCUUUGUUUGGAUGACCCGCCAGGCCCCUUUGACAGUCUGGAGGAGAGCAGGGCUUUCUGUGAGACGCUGGAGGAGACCAACCACCGUCUCCAGAGGGACCUGUCGGAUAAACAGCGAGAGAUUGACUCUUUGAAAACAGCCCUGGACGAGAGACAGACCCACAUUGGAGUCCUGGAGAAGAGAGUGAAUGGCGAGUUCCCCAGCCCAGAGGGCCUGACUCCGGAGAGCAGCAGGCUAUCAGCCCUAGGCAGUGAGAACAGCUCUGACACAGACACUGCCGCAGACAGACACAGAGACACAGACAGAGAGGCGGACGUAGACACAGACAGGGGAUCAUCCACUGCAGUGGAGGCUGACCAGGAGACAUGUCCUGAAAAAACAAGCUCAGAAGUCCAACGGCCACUCAAGGGUCACAUGGCGUACUGGUCAUCUGCGGCCAUUGAUAGUUCACCAGAAGCUUUUAUAAAUUCAACAACUCCAUAGAAUUGACGUGGAAUUCUGAAUUUGAUUCUGACCUGGGACCUGGAAGAGUAGAUGAUUCCAAGAUGGACUGAUGAUGAGCUACAAGUGUAUAGACUUUUCAUGCACAGAUUCUUGCUUGUAGUGACUGCAUUAAUGGGUGAUUGAAGUUAUCAUAUAAGGUGUGUGUGUGUGAGGGGAGGGG